CGCUCGCCCACUCGCCCACUCGCGAAAGCUAGAGCCCGCCCCGAUUGACUGACGACCGAGCAGAGGCUGAUACGGACGGCUCGCUCGCCCUCACCUUCCGACCUCUCCACUCAACCCCAAACACAACCAACCCACAGAACCUCCGACCUCCGCCAUGGCCACGCUCCAGCGGUUGGCCGGCCAGACUGCGAAGCGGCUGUGUCUGAGACCAGCCAGCGCCCUGCCCAUCCGACCCUCCUCGACACCCUCGAUACAGUCCGCCGCCGCCCGGCCGCGGGUAGCAGCAGCCGCCGCCGCCUUCUCGACGACCACCCUCCGCCGCUAUGCCGCCACACAAGAGCCCCAGGGCACCGUGCUGGUCCCCGUCGACGAGAACUUUGCCCCCUCCACCCGCGACCCCUACAACAUGUUGCGGCUCGAGGGCGACGAGGGCACCGGCGAGAACCCCGGCGACGGCUCCCUGGCUGGCCGCAAGGUCCGCCACUACACCGUCAACUUCGGCCCCCAGCACCCCGCCGCCCACGGCGUGCUGCGCCUGAUCCUCGAGCUCAACGGCGAGGAGAUUGUGCGCGCCGACCCCCACGUCGGGCUGCUGCACCGAGGAACCGAGAAGCUGUGCGAGUACAAGACAUACCUGCAGGCCCUGCCCUACUUUGACCGGCUGGACUACUGCUCCAUGAUGACCAACGAGCAGUGCUUCUCGCUCGCCGUCGAGAAGCUGCUGAACAUCGAGGUCCCAGAGCGUGCCAAGUGGAUCCGCACCAUGUUCGGAGAGAUCACCCGUGUUCUGAACCACCUCAUGUCCGUCCUGUCGCACGCUAUGGAUGUUGGUGCUCUCACGCCCUUCCUGUGGGGUUUCGAGGAGCGAGAGAAGCUCAUGGAGUUCUAUGAGCGUGUGUCUGGCGCCCGUAUGCACGCCGCAUAUGUCCGGCCUGGUGGUGUCUCCCAGGAUAUCCCCAUCGGUCUCCUCGACGAUAUCUACCAAUGGGCCACCCAGUUCGGCGACCGUAUCGACGAGACCGAAGAAAUGCUGACAGACAACCGUAUCUGGAUUGACCGUCUCCGCGGCGUCGGUGUCGUCUCCGCCGCCGAUGCCCUCAACCUCUCCUUCACCGGCGUCAUGCUCCGAGGAUCCGGAGUCCCAUGGGACAUCCGCAAGUCCUCCCCCUAUGACGCCUAUGACCAGGUCGAAUUCGAUGUUCCAGUCGGCGUCAAUGGCGACUGCUACGACAGAUACCUCUGCCGCAUGGAGGAGUUCCGCCAGUCCCUCCGCAUCAUCCACCAGUGCCUCAACAAGAUGCCCGCCGGCCCCAUCAAGGUCGAGGACUACAAGAUCGCCCCUCCCCCCCGUGCCGCCAUGAAGGAGAACAUGGAGGCCCUCAUCCACCAUUUCCUCCUGUACACCAAGGGAUACGUCGUCCCACCGGGCGACACGUACACCGUCAUCGAGGCACCAAAGGGCGAGAUGGGCGUGUACGUUGUCAGUGACGGAAGCGAGCGGCCAUACCGUGUGCACAUCCGUGCACCCGGUUUUGCUCACUUGGGUGGUUUCGACGCAGUCGCCAAGGGCCACUUGCUGGCUGAUGCCGUGGCAAUCAUCGGAACAAUGGAUCUGGUGUUUGGCGAGGUCGACCGGUAGACUUGUGAUAGUAUGGGGGAGUGUCGAAAAAAAGAAAUGAAAGAAGUGAUAGAGUCGACCACCAUCCGUCUUCGUUCUUUUGUCUGUAUAGUACAAGGGUCCGCUGCGUCGUAAAUACAGCCUUCUCCUUACA